AUGGUUGAAAAGAAUGUAACUAGAGCGGUAGCUGCUAAGCGGGUGGAGCGAGUUGAUGCAGUAGCACGAAGAGAAGAGGCGGUUGUAGCUGAAUUGUUGACUUCAGGCAUCCCGAUUACGAAUGAUGCUUCACAACGAGCCGUAGAUCACAAUCUAGAGGACGAGUUUAUGACCCCGGAGGGCAGUGACGAACCUACUAAAAGUGAGGAUGAUUUCUCAUUCAGAAACAGGAGCGGCGGAGGUUUUAGAUUUAGAUACGAUUACGUCAAUCCCUAA